GCCUACCGGCGAUCAAAUCUGUACCUUUCUUCUUGCUUUCUCCGCCUCCGUUCUAACCUUAUAUACUCGUCUUCUUCAUUUCUCUACUUCGUCCAUUCUCAUUCUCUCCGCCUAUUCCAUUGGCGAUAAUCACAAUGUCUUCGUCUUCCUCCGCCAUCAUCAACACCAUUCACUCCAUCCCGCGUAAUUUUGAAUCACCCUCCGUCAGAACCUUCUCUCCAUUUCUCGGAUCUACAGCUAAAUUCCGUCAGACCCAUUCCCUAACUUCAAUCACCCGGAAAUGUUCUGUCGUCGCAGUUUCAGAUGCAGUCAAACUGAAGGAGCCGAAGCUCAAAUCAUCUUCCUCCAAUCUGCUAAUCACGAAAGAUGAAGGAUUGGAACUCUAUGAGGAUAUGGUACUCGGCAGGGCAUUCGAAGACAUGUGUGCUCAGAUGUAUUACAGAGGCAAAAUGUUCGGAUUCGUCCACCUUUAUAACGGACAAGAAGCUGUUUCAACUGGGUUCAUCAAACUCCUCACUCAGAAGGAUACUGUUGUCAGUACAUACCGUGACCAUGUUCAUGCCCUGAGUAAAGGCGUGCCUUCUCGUGCUGUCAUGAGUGAGUUAUUCGGGAAGACCACUGGCUGCUGCCGUGGACAAGGAGGAUCCAUGCAUAUGUUCUCAAAGGAACAUAAUGUUCUUGGUGGGUUUGCCUUCAUUGGUGAAGGAAUUCCUGUAGCCACUGGUGCUGCUUUCACUUCAAAGUACAAGAGAGAGGUGUUACAAGAGAAGGAUGCGGAUCAGGUUACAUUAGCCUUCUUUGGAGAUGGUACUUGUAACAAUGGUCAAUUCUUUGAGUGCUUGAAUAUGGCGGCUUUGUGGAAAUUGCCAAUUGUGUUUGUGGUGGAGAACAACUUAUGGGCGAUAGGUAUGUCACAUCUGAGAUCUACUUCUGAUCCUGAGAUUUGGAAGAAGGGUCCUGCAUUUGGGAUGCCUGGUGUUCAUGUGGAUGGUAUGGAUGUGUUGAAAGUGAGAGAGGUGGCCAAAGAAGCCAUCGGACGGGCCAGAAGAGGAGAAGGGCCGACUUUGGUUGAAUGUGAAACUUACAGAUUUAGAGGACACUCUUUGGCAGAUCCUGAUGAACUUCGUGACCCUGCUGAGAAGGCUCGUUACGCAACAAGAGAUCCCAUCACAGCCUUGAAGAAGUACAUGAUCGAGAACAAGCUCUCCAACGAAGCUGAGUUAAAAGUCAUUGAUAAAAAGAUUGAUGAGCUACUUGAAGAAGCAGUUGAAUUUGCUGAGGCAAGCCCUCUUCCACAAAGGAGCCAACUUCUGGAAAAUGUAUUUGCUGAUCCAAAAGGUUUUGGUAUUGGCCCUGAUGGUAGAUAUCGAUGCGAAGAUCCAAAAUUCACAGAAGGAACAGCUCAUGUCUGAGUUAUUGAAGUAAUCCCUUCUCUCCUUUUGUGUGUUCGUGUUCAGGUUAAUAACUGUUUUUAUAUUUGGCCAUACUUGGUUCUAUUUACAAAUCUCAUUGUUAUUGAGAAUUUGUUUGAAGAAUGAAGAGUAUAAAACAUCCAACCAAAUAAACUAUAAAAACUGGAAAUCACUUGACUAGGUGUGGAUUUUGUUGCUAAAUUUCCUCAUAUGAACUUUUCCUUUAUUUUAUUUAAAUUUUGAGAAGUUUGAUGUUUGUU